AUGACUGAAGAGAAUUCUCUGCUUGGAUUGGCUGUCAUUGGUGUUUUUUUCUGUUUUAUUUCAGACUUUCUAUUCAAGUUCCUGGUCAUUGGCAGCGCAGGAACAGGGAAGUCCUGCCUCCUGCACCAGUUCAUUGAGAGCAAAUUUAAACAAGAUUCCAAUCAUACAAUCGGUGUGGAGUUUGGAUCCAGGAUCGUGAAUGUUGGCGGCAAGUCGGUGAAACUCCAGAUCUGGGAUACAGCUGGACAAGAAAGGUUUAGAUCUGUUACCCGCAGCUACUACAGGGGAGCGGCAGGGGCACUGCUAGUCUAUGACAUUGCAAGCCGGGAGACUUACAAUUCUCUCACCAACUGGCUGACUGAUGCCCGGACACUGGCCAGCCCCAACAUCAUCAUCAUCUUAUGUGGCAACAAGAAGGACCUGGAGGCGGAACGAGAGGUGACAUUUCUAGAGGCAUCCCGGUUUGCCCAAGAGAAUGAGCUAAUGUUUUUGGAAACCAGUGCUCUGACCGGAGAGAAUGUUGAAGAAGCAUUCUUAAAAUGUGCUCGGACGAUAUUAAAUAAAAUAGAAUCAGGAGAGCUUGAUCCAGAGAGGAUGGGAUCUGGGAUCCAGUAUGGAGAAGCCUCACCAAGGCACGCAAAGCACAUGCAUGGGACGCAGCUGCAAAACCGACAGCAGUGCAACUGUUAA